AUGGACGGUAGGGAGAAAGCCUGUUGGAUUGAUCGAAACGAAUACGAGAAGCUGCAUCGAAGUGGCCGGGUCGUGGAAGACCCGGAUAUUGAGGAAGUCGUGAACGACGGAGAAAUGAGGAACCGCAACGACUGGUGGCUCGACGGCGAAGAGUCGCACACGAAAGAUCGCACGGAACGAACGGCGACGGACGCUAAGGGAACUUCGGAAUUUGCUGGCAAGGCGCCGGACCUUAAGGAGACUUUGAAAUCUGCUGGCGAGGCGACGGACGCCACGGCGACUUCGAAAUCUAUUGACGACGACGAACGAGAACUGGGCUUCCGCACAUCGAGCGAAAGUUGA